UAUAUAUAUCAUUUAUCCUUCACCUUUAAAAUCAUUUCUCAUUUCCACUUCGUAUCCCUCCUCUCUAUGUAUACAUUCAUGUGUGUGUGAGAUUUAGACCAAGCUCAAUCUUCGCUGCAGGCUAGAUCUUUCGAUUCAUUUUUCUUCCUGAAACCGCCUCUUAAUUAUCUGCAAUGGAAAUUGCAAGCCUAGUCUUAGAGGUAAUCUCUUGUUUGCGGGAUUGCAGCGAAGGAAACAGAGAGUACCGUAUCUCGAUCUGUCAUCCCGAAAGGCUUAUAAGAUCUUUGAAAAGAGAUACAGAAAAGCUUAGAGAGCAAAGGAACGAUGUGAAGACAAGAGUAGAAAAUGCUGAGCGGCAACAAAUGCGGCCUAGGGUGCAAGUCGAAGGAUGGUUACGGCGAGUAGAAGAACUAGAAGCUGAAAUUGACAUGGUUGUGAGGGAAGGAGAAAGGGAGGCUCAGCAAAGAUGUUUCUGCAACUUUUCUCCCAAAAGAUUGAAGUCUAGUUACAACCUCGGGAAGCAAGUAUCAAAAAAAUUGAAAGCUAUUUCUGAGUUGAGAACAGAACUAAGUUUUGUUGAUGUGGCUGACAUGUUGCCCCCGCCCUUGGUGGAUGAAAUGCCCCUCGAGGACACUGUGGGCAUGGAUUUAAAUUUCAGGGAGGUUUGGAGCUACCUUUGUGAUCAACGAGUGGGAAUCAUUGGAAUAUAUGGUAUGGGGGGUGUGGGCAAAACCACCCUCUUGCGCAAAAUCAACAAUGAACUAAUUGGCAGAGUUGGUCAAGAUUUUGAUGUGGUGAUUUGGGCCGUGGUGUCAAGGGAUCUAAACAUGGAAAAGGUGCAGGCUACAAUUGGCCGAAAACUAGGCUUCCCUGAUGAGAGAUGGAGUAGGAUGAGCCAAGAAGAGAAAAGCAAUUCCAUCUUCAGGGUGUUGAAAACGAAAAGAUUUGUGCUAUUGUUAGAUGAUGUGUGGGAGCAUUUUGAUCUUUUGAGGAGGGCAGUUGCAUUUCCCCUUUCGUCCUCUUAUUUUAGUGCCCUUUUCUUUUUCCUUUCCGGUUCAAUGUUUUCUCCAUUGAAUGUGGUAUACAGCCGUGUGGUGGCAACAUUAACUAGGGACUGCUAUAUGUUGAAGUCAGCUUGUACAGUUGUUUGCUGUUAGAGAUGUGAAAUUGAUUGCAUAUGGUUUGAGACAACAAAUUUGUUCUAUCAAGAUAUCCUAGUUUGCACAAGAAAGUCCUCAAGUUUCAGUUUCUUGGUUUCUUGCUGCAAUGGGGGAUGCAGAAAAUGCCCUUCCACCUUCAAAGAAGAGGGCUGCUGG